ACAAUGAUGCUCCACGCCUAUGAUUUCUUUCAGCCUUUCAGCCCUACGACUCGCCUUGUCCCAGUAUCCAUCUAUAGAUCCUCUUUCUCUUGCCCACCCCACAAUGAUAUCCGCUGCUCUCUCUCCUACAUCGUGUCCUUGUUUGUCCAAGUGCUUUGUCCAUGCCUCCCUGCGACUUGUACAUAUACAGCCCUCGUCCGACGACAGUGGAAAUCAUUUCAUUCUCUCUUCCGACACAUACCAACAAUUUAUCAACAACACCAACGAGUUUGAACUGCUUUUACUCUGCUUAUAACAGACUUCAAACCGUCCACAUAUUCCAACGACUCCAUCCAAUCAUCGUAUCAGCUGUCCGUUGAUCGGACACGAACGCGGAGAGACCAUGGACCCAUACAACGACGCGUUCGAUCCCCUAUUCACGUACGACCCUACUGACGAGCAGGGCAUCAACUUCGACGACCAUGUACCAGAGUCACAAGCCCCGAUAUUUCUCGAAGACUGGAACUUCAUGGAUGCCAGCAACAACUCCCCGAACGUAGCCCAGAACAACGAGGCCCCACAGUCCAACCAAGAGCAGUACAAAACAAAGACAUUCGAGUUUUCCCUUCCUUCUCCUACAAAUAGCCUGUUCGAUGACGUGUCCCCCAAGGCGACGAUCGAGCCGACCGCGGGGACAAAGGUGAGCCCCAAGCUGUCUGCCGCAGACCCAUCUGCGCCUAAACAAAAGCCGCAGCUCAGCCUAACGCUGCCGCCUUUAUCAACAGCAGUUCCAUCUGCAUCUAAACAGAAGCCACAGCUCAGUAUAACGCUGCCUCCCUUGUCAGCAGUUAUUGAUCAGGCGCCCCAGUACCAGACUGAUGGCCAAGCCGUCGCUGAGACCGAGCCUCAAGUUGGGAUGAGCUUCGAUGCGGAGUACGACCUGGUCGCACAGGACUUUCUGACCUCUGAUACUAUCGGCGCGACGAGCGUUGACCCGGCUCACCUCCCUGCGAUCCCCAUCGAUCCGGCCCUCAUGGAAAUGUACAAGGCCGAGGUGCCGCAGGCACUACAGGUACCGCAGAUAUCACAGGUAUCACGAGUACCACCAGUGCCCGCGACCAAGUCGCGUAACAUGAUGCAAGGUACAGUCGACUCCAGCCACUACAGCAACAGCAACAGCAACAACAACCACACUGGCAUAAGCAGCUUCACCAGUCUUGGUAAUGGCUUCGACUUGGGCUGGAAUAACAGUUCGGUGCAAGCAAGCUAUGACAUUGCGCGGUAUCCCACGCCCGAGGAGAUGCCCCUAUCAGCCUGGCCAGCGCCGCCGCAGCCACAGCCACAGCCACUGUCACUGCCACUGCCACUGCCGCAGCAACAGUACGUGCAACCGACAGACAGGGCAUACACCCCGCCGGUCUCCCACGCCCCUUCAAGGGUCCCGACACCGCUCCCCAAUGCCAGCGCCGUUGAAGCCCCCGCCGCAGCAGUCCCAGAGCGCAUCCCCCGCCAGCGCAAGCAAUGCCAAACGCUGGACUUCGCCCAAUGGUACGAACCACUCCCCGCGGCGCCGGCGGCGUGGGGCGGCAAAGACCCCCUCCGGCCCAAGUUCACGUACACGCGCUCGGGCGAGUGGGCGCCGUCGGUGCGGCUGUCGCGCGACGACGUGCUGGAGUACAUGGUGACGCGGAAGCAGACGGGCCAACCGCUACGGAUCUGGAUCCAGAACAUGCCGGCGGGGUGCAACAACCGCAACCCGACCGAGGCGUCGCGGCGGUGCCGGUGGACCGAGUGCCCGGCCAAGAGUGGCACGAUCCUCAAGGGCUGGUGGCGCGUGGCGUUCGACGAGCGGCCGGGCACGUCGGGCACGGUGCACGACCCGUUCCACAACGCGGGCUACAUGCACCUGUUCUGCUUCGAGUCGUGCUUCGACCUGAUCGAGGUGGUCUCGUCCUUCGACGUGCGCCCGGACACGCGCCACCUGGCCAAGGAGGAGCGCAACCCCAUGGCGCUGACGCGCGACCACGGCGACCUCCUCCUCGACUGGGAGCGGUGGCGCGCGAGCCAGACGGCGGCGCACGCCGACUGGGCGCGGCGCCAGGCGGAGCGCACCGCCCGGGGUCUCCCCUUGGAACGGCGCCAGCGGCGCGACGAGGACCACCUCUGGUACGAGCUCACGACGGCGCACAUGGCGAAAGAGUCGACGGCGCGGCAGGCGGUGCGGGACCGGCGCGGCGGGUUGUCGCUCGACAAGCACAAGGGCGACCUGGCCAAGUACUGCCGCAUGAAGGCGGAGGCGUACAGGCGCACGCGGCGCGAGCAGGAAGAGGCGAGGAAACUGCUGGCCCGGCAUAAGCAGACUACUGCUGCUGCUGCUCAGGGGCGGCAGCACCAGCGGCAGCAAUCGCAUUCCACCAGCCCCACUCGUGUGGCCGGGAACAAGCGUUCCCGCGAAAACGACGACGGCGACGACGAUGGAGAGUGGACGCCCACCACGUCGUCGAAGCGGCCCAGGGGAGGAGAAGAGGCUUCGCCGACUUCGCCGACGCAGAGGGCUGCCAAGCGGCGUAGGGGCGGGGACUCGACCCCCGUGGACGAGGUGAUUGUCAUCCCUGACGAGCCCGAGUCGCCUAGGCGGUCCAGGCGAUUGGGACAGUUGUUGGUAGGGGGGGUGCCCAAGUAUCGACGCUCGGCUUGAACGAUUCCUCUCUUUGUUUCCGCUGGGGCGGUAGAACAAAGCUGGCAUCGGUGAGGAAUGAGAGUUGGCUCGCUAUCCUUGUUGGGAAUCCAGAGCCAAGUUUUGAUUUCUUUGUUUUAAGAGCGUGGCGUUUGGGUAGCGGGACAAGCAUAGCGGCAUCAUCAUAACAGCGUCAGCAUAGGAGCACGGCGCAUCAUUAUGUUAGAGUGUAGCAGUAGCAUGUACAUGAUAUGUAUCAUCAGCCAGCGUAGCGAGGGCUCGACCAAUAUCAUGAGGAUAUUUAAAACCAUAUGACCACCCGUUUCCUUUCUCUCUCUCUCCUUUUCUUUCUCUCUUUUUCCUUUUUUUCUCCCCCCCCCUUCUCCAUCUAGCCAAAGGGUAACCCUUUUCGCAAGCAAACGCCCGCUACUCUGAUCAACAACCGUUUGUCAACAGAGCCUCGUGACGGACUUUUGCAAGAAGAUAUUGAAUUAAGCCACACACAUCGAAAGUCAAGA